AGCUUAUGAGGGUAUUUCGAGUAGUAGUCAAGAAUUCGAUGAAACUACCAUUUUUAGGACUCGCAGGACUUCUGUAUGGUUGUAAAAGGUAUGUGGACGUGAACUUGCUUAUUUAGGAAAUAGCGAUGGUUGCCUAAACCUUACAGCAUCAUUAUUUGAGAAUGGUCCAUACUCCAUUUUUGACAAGGUUAUAUUUUUUAAACUACAACUUGUUUAAAGACGGUCCAACAACAAGUGAUGAAUUGACUUAAUGAUUAUAGUCUUCUAUCUAACUCAAUGGAGAAAGGGUCGAAUUUGGAUAUAAAAGACGAAUGCACUGUCCUAGUCAAUUAGCUCAACCCACAUAUGCUGGGAUACCCUAUGAAGGAUGUUUCUUGAGGUAGAGUCUCUUUGUUUGGCUUGAUCUUUUUAUAUUCUCAACGAUCUGCAUCUUAAAUAUAAUAAAUUCUCAGAGAUAAUUUAAGGGAUCCACAUUUAAGUAAAUUGAUUGAUUUCCCAACAUAACAUUUCUGACUCCUCAAUUUCGGUCAAUUUCACAUUAAUCAUUCCAAAUUAAUUUACAAAUUAUCGAAUUUAAGUGACAUAAGAAUAUGCUAUUGUCAAAAUAAUAAUAAUAUAUCGUUAAAUAAGAACCCUUGAUUCAAUAAUUAUAUUGAAUGUACGGUUUUGAUAAUAUCAUACUAAACCUAAUACUUAAUUUUAACUUCAACUACAAAAUAAAAGAGCUUUUCAUAAAUAAAAAUGCAAUUUUUUGAAAAUUGUAAAUGUCAAAAUCGUACAAUUUCACACUUAAAACUUAAUUAAGAGUUAAGACGCGUCACAUUCUCGAAAAUAUUUUAUUUUUGAAGUCCUUAAAAUCAGGAGGAUAUUGACAAAGAGUGUUAUAAGUCAAUAUAAAUUCAAAGAGGGAGGAGGGUUUCUGGUUUGAUAGCUCUGUAGAGCGAGCAUAUUGGUGGAGAAGACGAUGGGUUCGAUUUCAGGAGAGAUGGUGAAGAGGCAGGAAGACCAGGCUGCCUCCUUUUCAUGGUGGUGGGACAGCCAUAAAUGUCCCAAUCAAUCUCAGUGGCUUGAAGCUACUCUCUCAGAGUUGAACGAAAAGACCAAUCUCAUGCUAAAUAUAAUUGAAGUAGAUGGAGAUUCAUUUGCAAAGAGGGUUGAGAUGUUCUUCAAAAGGAAACCUAAGCUCAUAAACUUGUUAGAAGACUUCUACAAGUCAUACCGAUCGCUCGCCGAGAAGUAUGAUCAGCUUCGAUCCGAGCUGAUUCAAGCGUCUCAUCUGAGAUCAUUUUCUUCUUUAGAUUCCCUAAAAGUCCAAACCAUGCAGAAGUGUGAGAAGGAAAUCUCAAGUUACUUGAAAGACAAGUCUCUGAAGACACAGGUUGAGACAGACCAAAAAUCCUACGAAGAAUAUAUGGAAAAAGAGAACAUUGAUCAUGGCGUAGAAUCUGAUAUUAAUGUGGAUGAAAAAGUGAAAAUGUGGGACGAAAAGAUCUCAGAACUCAUUGACGGAAAUAUGCAGCAGCAGGCUGAGUUGAUAAGGAGAGACAAAAGGCUUUUGUCUCAGGUGCAUAGGCUAACAGAUGAGAACAAAAUUUUGUGGAAUCGUCUGAUAUGCCAUAAGGAUACUACUGAUGAUAUAAUUACAAGCCAAAACAAGCCUCAAUUUUCAAGGUCCAAGUCCAAAGGGCCAUCUUUCUUUGGAAGGCUCACUGGAUGCACUGGUACUUGAUCUUAAUUAGCUAUUUUUCAACUUAAUUAAUUAGCGUUUAAGUUUUCAAAUGUGUCUAUUUAUAUGUAUUCAUAAUACAUAUGAUGAUUUGGCGUAAAUUAUGACAUUAUUAGUUUUUAUUUCGGCACCUUAUAAAGAAUAUGUUAAUGUUUUGAUUUA